AUGAAGGGUAAAGUCAUAAUUGGGUUAUUAUUAAUCGGUGUUUUGGCAGUCAAUUUGGUCGCCGCAAUGCCGUUGGACGACAACGACAAUACUGUUGUUGUCGGGGGUUUAGAGCGUGAGAAGAGGGAGGCGGCCCCCUGUUCUACUGAUGGUCCGGGCGGUAAUGGUAACACUGGUAAUGCUCCCCGGGCUCGAUCACAGCGCCGUAGAAAUGGUCAGAGACGCAGAUCUAACGGUUCCAGUGAUUCUAUCUUUAGUUGUUUUUUACUAACAGUUAUAAAUUUGUUAAAUAUUAACCAAUGUUUGUCUAAUAAUACAAAUCUUGUUAGAGUUAAGGUAUUUAAAGAUCUCACUCCCAGAACAUACAGGAAUCGAGUGARGCCUACAUUCAKAGAUAAUAAUCCAUUUGAUAUAAAAUUAACCAACAAUUUUGACACAUCAUACUAUGGAAACAUUGGUUUGGGAACACCUCCACAAACUUUUAGUGUACUUUUUGAUACUGGAAGUGCUAAUCUAUGGGUGCCAUCAGUUCAAUGUUAUCGAUGCGGUUCACACAAUCAAUACAAUUCACGACAAUCURCGACACAUCAAUCAGUUAGAGGUUUUCUGAAAAUAAAAUACGGUUCCGGAUCACUGAAAGCAUUUUUAGGUGCAGACACCUUAACUGUUGGCAAUGUUAAGGUGAAGGAACAGAUAUUUGGUGAGGCCAUACAAACCAGUCCACAACUAUCUGAUGGACCAUUUGAUGGCAUUUUUGGUCUCGCAUUUGACGCUCUGGCAGAUGGAGUGACCACUCCUUUCACAAAUAUGAUCAAUCAAGGACUGGUACCUCAACCCGUAUUUUCAUUUUAUUUGGAUCGCAAUGAAAAUGACGUUCCCGGUGGUGAACUCAUUUUUGGCGGAUCAGAUCCCGAUCACUAUUCAGGAGACUUUACGUACGUACCGGUGACCUCAAACUUGUGGUGGCAGUUCACUAUGGAUCGGAUGUCAAUCUCUGGAACUUUUAUAUCUAUUUGUAAUGGAUGUAAUGCAAUAGCAGAUACGGGAACUUCACUGAUAACCGGUCCCGCAAAUCAAAUGUAUAUUUUAAACAAUCAAUUGGGUGCAACAUAUUCACCAAACGAUCAAUUAUAUCAUUAUGAUUGUCAACUAAUGGAUAGUCUUCCCGAUGUUGUCAUUACAAUUGGUGGCAAAGAUUUCCCACUGACUGCGGCUCAGUAUACGCUAAUACAGACCGAUGACUAUGGAAAUGCCGAUUGUGUGACCGGUUUUCAGGGCUUUGCAUUGGGCGGCGCCCCCUCUUGGAUAUUGGGAGAUGUUUUUAUCGGUGUCUACUAUACAGAGUUUGAUGUCGGAAAUCAUAGGCUUGGCUUCGCUGUCGCCAAAUAAAUAAGACAA